CGGGUGCGGCCCCCUUGAGUGGCACCCCAGCCUUUCCCGCCUUGGACUCAGCGCUGCAGAAUUUGGGUCCUGCAGUUAGUGCGGGGGUCCUCGCACCGCCUCCGACUCAUUGCCGCUUUCCAUGCUCUGCAGGGCAGGGGGUGCCGGUGCAUGUUCCCAUGAGGAGGCCCAAGAAGGCACCCGGGGAGCGGAUGAAGUCGCCAUCUGCCCCUACGAUCCCAGCCACCACAUGCCAAGAGCGUCCCUGGCCAAGCACGUGGCGUCCUGCAGGCUGCGGAAGCUGGGCUACAGCAGAGAGGAGCAGGAUAAAAUGUAUAAUCCUGACUUUUUCUAUGAGAAUGUGAAGGUACCUUCAAUUACUUUGAAUAAGGACUCACAGUUCCAGAUCAUCAAACAAGCCAGAGCUGCGCUUGGCAAAGAUGGUGACUCCUACAACCAGAGGCUGUAUUCUUCGCUGCCCGUGGAAGUCCCUCUGAACCACAAGCGCUCUGUCUGUGACCUCACGCAAGCCGACCGCCUCGCCAUCUACGACUUCGUCAUUGAGGAGACCAAGAAACAGCGCUCCGGCUCUCAGGUCAUCGAGAAUGACAGCGACCUCUUCGUGGACCUGGCUGCCAAAGUCAAUCAAGAUAACAGUCGAAAAAGCCCAAAGUCUUACCUUGAGAUCCUGGCGGAAGUGAGAGAUUAUAAAAGAAGGCGCCAGUCCUACAGAGCCAAGAACGUGCACAUCACCAAGAAGUCGUACACUGAGGUGAUCCGGGAUGUGAUCAGCGUGCACAUGGAGGAGCUGAGCAGCCACUGGCAGGAGGAGCAGGGCCGUGCCGAGGAGGAGGCCGGGAAGAGUGAGGACAGGCGGUCGGCGUCGGCGGACUCACGGCAGUCCACGGGGAGCUACCCAGACGCUGAGAGCUCCCGGCAUAGGAGGAACCGGAGCCGGAGCCCACACAAGCACAAGAGGGACAAGGACAAGGACAAAACCCGGGACUCGAGAAGGAGGAGGGAGAGGGAUGGGGAAAGACACCACAGUCAUAAGCGGAGAAAGCAGAAAGUGUAAGUGAAGCAGCACCUGGGAGCUACGUUUGGGCUCGUCGCUGGGACGCUGGCAUCACAUGUGGUCGCCAUGGGGGCCUGCGCGUCUGUGACCUGCUCACAGCAGUUCACUCCGUGUCCAUCUCAAGCCAGGGCCCCAUGUGUCCUGGACACCUGUGCUCACGUGUCAGUAGGUAGUUUUUCCCUGCUGCCGGUUGUGUGUUAUCUUAGGGUAAUUUGUGUAUCAGAAAAUUCUUUGAUUAUAGCCCCUUCAGCUGUAGACAUGCUUACAUGCACCUCGUCAGAAUGAUCAGACUGCAGCCCCACGCCGUGCACCCCCUGUGGAGCCAUCCUGCAGUGUGUGGUGCACAUAGGCAGGUCUCCGAGGUGUGUGCAAGCGCCCAGAGAAAGCUGGAGAAGGCCGUGUAAUGUCUGCGUGCAAGAUAACAGUACUGCGUAACCUGCUUCCAAAGGUUCGGGAGACCCUGCAGGCGCCCCCAGUGGGGAGUGUCUGGGGGGCGGUACUGCUGGGAGAAGUGGGGAAGAGGCCAGGAUCGGACGGCUGGUCAAAGGUAACUUUAGCUUUAUCCAUGAGACUGUUUUCUUUUUAAUAAGGUGUUCACGAUUCACUCGCUAAACGCUGUUUGUCUGUUCUGUACCAUUUGUUCCAGUGAAUCAACUCUCAGGUUCCGCUUAUGAAAAUAAAACGCACCCUUUAUGCGUGUACCUUUCAUUGCGUUUUGACAAGUUUAUACCUUCC